AUGGUUCCAGGACUUCCGGAGAUGACAAAGAGAGCCAUCGUCUUGGGUAUCAUUUCAGUCCUUUUGUGCCUGGUGGCCGUGGCUGUGGUGAACAGUGGCCUCAUCACUGCAGCACUGGGCAUGCAGUGGUUGCUACAAACAUGGUCACCUUGCAAAAGAUAAAUUAUUCAUCAGCCUGGGGUCUCUCGCUUUUGUCUGCAACGGGUGGUGAUCAGUGAGAGAAUUUAUGUUUUCCUGUAUCCAAAGGCCUUCCUGUACAACCCUGUCCAGUUCCUAGCCCUGCAGCGGGACUUCUUUACCGCGGCCACCUUAUGGCUUUCCAGCUGGCUCGGUCUCUUCCGCUGCGUGAAAAUUGCAGCCCUCACUCACCCUGUCUUCCUCUGGCUGAAGCAGAAGGCGUCUGGGUUGGUGCCAGGGAUGCCUAGCUCCGUGAGGUUCUCCAGCUUGAGUACCAUCUUAUUUUUCACAGGCACCCCAAGCAUUUAUCAAGAGAGGCCUGCAAAUUGGAAUGCCACUGGGAAUACUAUCAGGAGGACAUAUGAGAAAUUCUACUUCUUCCCCCUAAAAAUUGUUACCUGGAUACUCCCUACCAUUGUCUUCCUCACUGGCUUGGUUUUGCUCGUCACAUCUCCAGGAAGACCCGCCCAGAAGACCCUCCUCACUGUCUCGGGCUCUCACGGCCCCAGCGCUCGGGCACACAUCAAGGCUCUCCUGGCUCCCAUCUCCUUUGCCAUCCUCUGCACCUCUUUUCUGUCACUGGUGCUCAGCGCUGUGGAUGUCUUCCCAUCUCGGGAGUGUAAAUGGAAGGUGAUGAUUUUUUGCGCACAGCGGUCCACCCCCAGUCUACUGGUGCAACCCCAGGCUGAGAGCUGUGCUGGAGAGGAGAGGGGCUGCUCCUUCAGGUGCGGGGCAUCUUCAGUCGCGACGGAUGAAAACCCUCAGAGACUCUAA